AUGGAGAUCGCCGGUAACACGUUGACGCCACAGUCGGCGAAAAUUAGUGCUCAAAAGAAAAAGACCAUGUUCAGGGCAGAUUUGCAGGAGACGGUUGCCGUUGUCAGCUCUCCUAAAACCGAAGCUAUACUGGCCACCAAGUGA